CCGUGGGCCCCGCCUAGCGUCAAGAGGGCUGGGCGCUGAUUGCAUUAAAGCAUGCAUACAUAAGCCAACAGUAGUUAGUAAAUUUCGCACUUUCUAAACUUGAUGAUCAUUUAUCCAGGGUUGGGGCAAAUUAGAUAUCCGGCAGAUAGAAUUUGCUUCCGCAUCCUUUGGCUGGCCGGUCGCACUUUAAUCGAAUCUCGGGGUAAAGUGAUCCUGAGCGGAGAAGCCGCGAGAGAAUUAGCUUGUGUCUCUGCCGCCACUGCAACUGAUUUCCACGCUUUUUCUGUCCUAGCCGAUGACGGUUGUGGGAAAAGACUGUUAAAUUGUAUUUGAAACCAUACAUACAAAUACACGCACGCACUUAUACACGGGUGUGCGCGCACCCCAACACAUACACCCACCCACAGACACACACGCAGACGGGCAAGCAGUCAUACACAGACUGAGAAGAAAAAAAUGUCGGCGAAGAUCUAAGACUUUGGAGGUACACUGGGUAUCAGUGUACAAGUGUAUGAGUGUACCAUUUCAGGACGGCGAGUUCAUCCAUUAAAAAAAAGUGGUCCCUGACUGGACAAAAAAUACAAGUGUACACCUGGGAAAAGCCUCGUGUCUCCGGUUACUAUGGAGUAUCCAUACCUCAACCAGCCUACCUUCGAUGGCCAAUGUGCGCUACCCGGGAUGGAUGCCUCGCUACCCAACUGCAACAUUCCAUGUUCCUACGGUGACUCUAGUCCCUUUGCUCAGAUGGGUCAGAGUUACAGGUACAAUGGCGUUCGCUCCUUCCCCACCGUCUCCAACCCAGGCCUACCCACUGGCGCCAGUUGUGGGGUGGUGGCCAGACCUCGUGACCAUCCCCAGGCACCCGUCUUUCCCCCAGAAAAUGACUCCCGAUACAGACAAGGGUAUCCCCCAUCACACUCUUCAUCGGGGCUUCAUCUCUUAGGCCUGCCGUACAAGAUGUACCAACACACACACGAGAGCACAGUCAGCCCCGAGAAGAGGAAACAACGCAGGAUUCGCACCACCUUCACCAGCGCUCAGCUCAAGGAACUGGAGAAGGCGUUUGCAGAGACACACUACCCCGAUAUAUACACCCGUGAGGAGAUAGCAAUGAAGACAGAUUUGACUGAGGCACGUGUUCAGGUCUGGUUCCAAAACCGCAGGGCGAAAUUUCGCAAGAUGGAGAGGAUGAAGCAGCAGCAGUCGUCCAGCCAGUCCAGCAACGGAAACAAACAGGAAGCUGCGUCACAGAACGCCAGCGUCAACGCCGACAACGGAAACAACAACAGUAGUGGAAACACCACGUCGAACACCGCUUCCAACAACAAUAACAACAACAACAAUAACAACAGUGUCAUCGUCAACAAAGAGAAACCCAAAAUAUGUGAAGAGCGACACCAUGGAAAUAUGACAGGUGACACCAGCAGAUGGACUCCACCCAACCAGCCCACGGUGACCAAAGGUGUUAACUCUCAGAACAUCCCUCCAGCCCUGCACGGCCCCUACUCCGGAGUUCUUGGCAGUUCUGGCCACGACUUCGGCCCCCCGCCAGCCCUGCAGGACAAGACGACCCCCAUGUCAGCAGGGAUGCUCUUCUAAUGGAACUUCAUUUUUUUAAUGAAGUAAAUUUACUUUGAAGGAGAGAGAAGACUUAAUGGCUACUCAAAAGAAACAAUGCGAUGAUCGUUCAUGAAGACGAUGUUUACAGACAUUCAAUAGAGACUACAGCAAACAGGACAGUCCAGUGUCUGGUGGAGGCUGCCUGCAGCUGAAAAUAAUUUUAUCAGAGGCGACGACUCAUGGUGUGGUGACUGUAUGUUAGUAGUACAGGUAUUUUUACGAUGUUGUUGAAUUUAUUCUGAAGCCCAUUCCUCCCCAAAUCUCAUUCUCUAGUCCCUUCCUCUCAUAAUAUUCUCACUCUCUCCCUCCAUGUCUUCCGCCUACCAUUUCCCACCAUCUUCUCUUCUGUCUCUCUUCUACUUACACGAUUGUGUAGUGACACCGAGGGUACACAUAAGCCCAGGUCACUAUAUCGCACGCCCACCCGGCCACCCCUUUCCCCACACACCCUCACCCACUUCCCCCAACAGCACGCCACGGAAUGAGGAGCUGCGCGUGCAAAAAAGUGAACACGUGGUACAUACAUUCAUAAACUGCACGAAGUGAACUGUCUCGACAUUCAGGCCUUGGUCGGUGCUUCAAGGGGGACAUCUUUAUACAAGUAGGUAAUGGCCUGGUAAUGACGGGUGGUAGGAGUGUGUGUGUGUUUCAGCUUGUUGUCUAACUGGAGAUUAGAAAUUUAUGAGACAGGGAAAGUACUUUUGCACGAGGCUAUUCACAAACGAUUAACAUUUUAUCACACCGAGGAUGAAAUGCUAUUGUCUGACACAAUCUCUGACAUCAAGAUUAGUUCUUCUCGUUGUAGUGCAAGCAGAUGUUAAAUGGUUGGCACUGCCAAAGUUUAAUCCACAGCCAACAUGUGUUUGUUUAAUCGUUCCUUUUCCUUUUGACUAGAGGGGUAAUGAAAAUCUCAUGCGAUUUUGAAAGGGGGGACAUACAUGAAGUCCUUAACUUAUAAUUCGAGCGAGACGACAAAGAUAAUCUUUUCAUUCAUGUGUCUCUGUAAGUGCUCCGUCUCUUGGAGACCUCGAGGUGUCUGAAAAUUUACUAAAUCUGAGAACUCGCUCUACUUGUUCAUGAUGACAAACAGCUUCACCACAUCCAGGGCAAUAGCUGUACCCCCGUGGUUUGUUCUCAUCACAAGGACGACAUAGUCACCAAGUGUAACGGCCACGCGCAAUGGGACCGACGGCAGGUCAUCAAAAGCAAGUUGACGGGAGGAUGGGAAGGAGGAGAGAGAGGCAGAGAUAGAGAGCGGGAUCACUUUUGUGGUGUCCGAUUAUUUACUGUGUAGUAUAUAGUACACCAUCAUCUUGACUUCCUUCGUACAUGUAAGACAUUCCAAGAUUUCCAUAGACAAAGUCUGAUGUUCUCUUGGUUCAAAUCCACUACUGCGCCACCGCGACCUGAAUUUCGUUCAACAGUAGGUAGUGAUAUCUUUAUGACUGCAAUAUGUAUUGAAAAUAUGGCGCUAUUCUUUCUUUAUGUGAUUUAUUUUUAUAAGAAAAAUGUCCAUCUUCUGUGAAGGCAUGCUCUCAAAUACCAGGACUUGAUGGCUUCCGAAAAUAAAUACUCAUCCACGCAGUAUUAUACACUCAUUAUUGUUUAUCCAGUCCUUUAGAAAAGCAAUUAGAUGAAAAUAGUACAUUGUUCCUAUAUAUUAGAAUCAAGAUAGGGAAAGAAAGAAAGAUAUACAGACUUUAUUUCCUGUGUCUAGCACAGCGCAUGAUCAGAGAUCCGUCCACAGAUGUUAGUGAUUAGAUAUUCUUCACUUCUCUACAGAAACCAUUAACAUAGGAACACAGGUCCCUGAGUGAUUAGAUGCUUACUCCUCAGGAGUCCUAACUAUCAAUGCUCUUGACAGCAGCUCAGUUAGGUGUUUAAGGAGUUCAUGUUUACCAUAAUAAACCUAACAACAGCAGACAUAAACAAUCUGUGCACAUCCUACCAACAAAGACAACUAUCUUUACAGGAAUAUAUUACACAGCUUGCAGCAUUUCUCACAAUCUACAUUUGGUUUUGAAUUGAAAGUUCGACCACUGUUCCUGAGGGGAAAAAUUAACAUAAAUGAGAUUAAGGGUCAAACUAGUCUAAGGGAAGGGUUAAAAGUCAGAUGGUCAAAAGAGGACAGGUCAACGACCGUUACUUAUCAAAUAUCUUCACGUAGCUUCAAAAUAUCUUUUGACCGUUUGGCCAAGGAACAGUAAUUACAUUUUCUUAAAGAUGUACUUCAAAGGACAACGAACAAUUAAAUCUCUUUCGAUUUAGAAGAAGCACUGGCAUAGUAGGGAACGAUUCAAGCUGCUCUAAUAGUUUCACUGUCAUUAUGUCUUAUUUUUUACAUAUAGUAUCUGCUUUACAAGUUCAUGACAAUUUAUUUCAAUGUUUGAAGAAAUCUAUAUGCGAUGGUCAGAAUUCAAGAACGCGCUUAUGACUAGGGGAAAGUUGGAUCGCUGAGAAAGGUUUAUAAUAUUUGCACUCGUCUCUCGGCCACCCAGCCUUUGUUGUAGGCCAGGGGUGGGGAACCUUCUUGUCUGCCAAGGGCCAUUUGGAUAUUUAUAUAUAAAACACCACCAUUACAUAAUUAUCAACUUCAAAAUCAGCCUGCUACGUUUGGUAAAGUCAGAUUUGUCACAGUGUGUUAACACUUUCUGUAACAUAUGCACUGCCAGCCUGUCUGUCAGUCUGUCCUCUUCAAAACAUGAAGAAUGCCAUAGACGAUGAAAAGCGUGCGUAUCAGUCCCAUCAGGUACCCGUAUGUGUCCUGUCCAUCCUGUAAUGGAUGUUCACUGCAUGUCCCUCAAACUUUACAUUAUGAUUAUGAUUAAUUUAAUGUAAAUUUCUGUUGCAAUAUCAAAGCCCAUGGAUUUAUUGAAUUUUGAGUCCUGCCUGCGGUUGGCAGGGUCAAUCCAAUUGAUUUCAGGGGACGGACAUUCCCCACCCCUGUUCCAGGUUAAACACUCCAUUUCUUAGGGGGUGACGAUGAUGAUGACGAUGACGAUGAAAUGGGCGACAUCCUGAUUGACUAAGUCUCAAGGCGUGACAUACACAAACUCAGCAAAAGCAUUUUCACACGGAAAGUUCACAGCAAGUGAAGGUUUUCUUCACAUGUUUUCACAUAGGAACCAAAGUCUUGUAAAUCCUCGCUUACUUUUCUGUUUGACAAGACUGCAGCACACCUGUAGGCUGUCUGCAUCAUCGCUACCUCAAGCUGAAUCAGAGGGGUGGGGAUUAGGAGGAUACUGUCUGGAGACAUUUAGUCGAUGAGGCAGGAGUGAGUACUGCUCACCAUGCAGUCUGGGAUAUGUAUUUGCACUACUCGAUAAGGCGGGUAGGUGAGGUGGGAGGGGUGUACACUAGUCACUAGAAGAGAUAUAAAAUAUCUUAUAAUGCGAGGGAAGAAUACCAUUUUUGUAGGGAAGAGCGGGAGGGGUAGGGAUGUCUCAUACUACCUUCACAUUCCUGAAUCUUACUCCUCAUGCUUUUGUGAGCGCGCGUGCGUGCGUGCGUGCGUGCAUUUGUAUCCGUGUGCGUGCUCGCUUGAAUUGGUGUUUGCAUACUUGUGGGACUGUGGGAGUGUUCUCGUGUGUGUAUUGAGAGUAUUUGGUGUUUUUGCAGCUUGCUUGGAGACUGUACAGUGUAAGCUAAGUAUUUUCUGAGAAUCAAUGAAUCAAAUGAAUGUCAUUCCUAAACAAGAUUAUAUAAUAAUUGUGUUUUAUGAUCUAGUUAGAUGACGUGUACUACAUUUUAAUGCUGCUGCUAGAAUUCUGUGUUUUCUGUGGUCCACGUGGAUGUGAAGACUGUAUAUAGUGCUGAAUAAAAGUUAUCCACA